GGUCUACGGAUGUGGGCCAGGCAACUUGCUCGCCUGUUUGGUUCCAGCUGAAGUCGCAUACGCCAAUUUGGAAACCACAGUAUAGGCAAAAGAGAGAAGCUGAGGAGGGAAUUGCAGAAACCAUUGAAGGGCUAUUGAAAGUAGGGGUGCUUGAGCCCUCUCAAUCCUACUGGAACACUCCUAUUUUGCCAGUAGAGAAGCACGGGACAGGAAAGUACAGAAUGGCACAUGACUUAAGAGCCAUUAAUGCCAUUUUACGUACUGACACGAUACCUGUCCCAAAUCCAUACACAGCAUUGACGGCAUUAACACCAGAACAGAAGUGGUUUACAUGUAUUGAUCUAGCGAAUGCGUUUUUCUGUCUCCCGUUACAUGAGUCUCUGAGGGACGUUUUUUCAUUCACAUAUAGGGGGCAACAGUACAGAUACACACGGUUGCCACAAGGGUUUGCACUCUCCCCUGGCAUUUUCAACCAGGUGCUUAAAGAAGCUCUAUCGCCAUGCCACCUACCAGAGGGGUGUUCAUUGGUGCAAUAUGUUGAUGAUUUGCUCAUUGCGGCUCCGUCUGCUUCGGCAUGUACGGCAGCCUCACUCACCAUACUGAAGAGACUCGCGGAGUGCGGGUUUAAAGUCAGUAAAGAAAAGUUGCAGCUGGUCCAACCAGAGGCCCUGGGAGAUCCAGAGGAGGUGAGUAUCAUAAAGUGUAAAGGUCACUCCGCGGGGACUGGCAUGGUGGCCAGAGGAAAUCAGGAAGCCGAUCGAGCUGCGAAAGAGGCAGCAGGCUAUAAAGCAUCACGGCAAAUGGUGCAAAUAGUUGUGGAGGAAGAACAAGGAGUCAACAUGCUAGAGGAGGCCAGGAAAGCCCAAGAGGCGGCGGCCCCGGAAGAAAAGGGGGUCUGGAAGAGUCGAGGAGCCUGGGAAGAAGGAGGUCUCUGGCGAGGACCUGACGGACGACCAGUGUUGACCGCCAACCUGGCAAAACAGAAGAUUGCCGAAGUGCAUGGGCUUGGUCCUGUAGGUGUGGCCCACAUGGGGAGACAUCUGUGCCAUUGGUGGCAUCCCUUUUUGAAGGAUAUGAUUAAGGAAAAAGCCAGGACGUGUCUGAUCUGUGGGAGACACAAUCCAAAGCCAGUGAUUAAACCGGAGGCAGGUAAGUUUCCCAUCCCAGAGAGACCAGGUGAAGAGAUUGUGAUUGACUUCACUGACAUGAUUAAUUCAGGGCCAGGAGGAGUUCGAUAUCUACUGGUAAGUGUAGAUGCUCUGACGGGAUGGCCCGAAGCGUGGCCAACAAAAAGGGAGGAUGCAAAAAGUGUAAUUAAGUGUUUAAUCAAUCAUUACAUCCCCCGGCAUGGUUUUCCUAAGAGAAUUAGAUCAGACAAUGGGACUCAUUUCAAAAACAAAGAUUUGGCAGAGGUAGAACAGAAGCUGGGGUUGCAACAUAGAUUUGGCACUGUAUAUCACCCCCAGUCGCAGGGGAAGGUAGAAAGAAUGAAUCUAAACUUGAAGGAUAAAAUCGCUAAAAUUUCUGCUCAGACGGGGCUAAAUUGGGUGGCAGCCCUGCCCAUUGCAUUAAUGAUAAUAAGAUGUUGUGUUAAUCAAUCCACAGGGUUCACACCAUAUGAGCUGUUGACAGGACGACAGUUUCCAGGUCCCUGGACAACAGUCCCGGCGGAAGAAAGUAUAAAGAGUAACAGAAAACAUAUUGAAUGUUGGAAAGAAUUAAAAGCUCUUGUGUCUAGUUUCACACAACAGGUUGGAGAGGGGGUGAAAGCGGAGGACAGGUCCGUCCCCGAUGCCAAGGCGAUGUGGUUGAAGGUCAUCAAGCGAAAGUGGAGAGAUCCAAGGUGGACCGGACCAUUCGAAGUAACUGCCCGAACCACCAGUGCGGUCCGUCUGAAGGGGAAUGGGGAGACCUGGUAUCAUUGGUCUCAGUGUGCAGUCGCGGACGAGAGCUUGCUGGAGCUAAGCUCCACCUCAACCAACACAGGGGGGAACAUAGAGGCAGAAUAA